GAGGCAUAACUUUGCCUGCCUCAACCCGCGGUGUGGUCCGCUCUCCGUAGAUUUGUCGUCAUUGACGAUUAUUUUAAUUCGGAGCUUCCAUCAUCAGCGGUGAAGUGUAAACUGGCCUAGUUGACUGCAGCGUUUGCAUCAAGUCACACAAGUUUACGCAGAUAAAGAAACUAUUUCGUAGUUUGCGUUUGCUGAUGUUCCAAAAGUUGACAUGGAUCAGGCCUCCUUAUACGCCAAUGCCAAUGCCCUGCAAAGGCGGGACGCGGAGGCGACGUUGCGCACGUUCAUCCCGCGCAUGAACUGGCACGACGAGCGAGAAACAAUUCUUGAUGUGGGGUGUGGUUCAGGCGAUGUGACGCGCAACUUGUUACUGCCUCUGCUGCCGUCUUGGGUGUCGCGUGUGGUGGCCGUGGACGUGUCGCCUCGUAUGGUCGACUUCGCGGCCAAAAACUUUGCCCACAACAUCAUCGACUUCCGUCACCUGGACAUAGAGAAAGAGGAGAACCCCAGGCAAAAGUUUCCCGAAGGAUUCUCUAAAAUAUUCUCCCUGUACUGCCUGCACUGGGUGCGCGAUCAGCCGUCAUGUCUUGAGAACCUCUUCACUUUACUCCGGCCCUCGGGUGAAGCUCUGCUCGUCUUCCUCGCAGCCAACCCGCUCUUCGAUGUCUACGAAACCCUCAGCAUGGAUCCCAAGUGGCAGCCGUACAUGAAGGACGUGUCGAACUUCGUACCUGUACACCAACAUCAGAAGGAUCCCGCUGCUCUGUUCGCACGGGCUGCAGAAGACGCAGGCUUCGAAGUCCUAACGUGCCAAGCACCUGAGAUGAAAUUCGUCUUCGAUAACAUCAACUACCUUAAAAAUGCGGUGAAGGCUGUCAACCCUUUCAUCUCGAGGAUGCCCGUAGAAGAGCAAGAAGAAUUCCUGGCGGCGGUGAUGCAGUUGCUUUCUGAAGGCAACAACAACAAGCAGGAGACCGUGGCGCGGUACUCGCUCAUGGUGGCUCACCUCCAGCGGCCUGAGUGAUGACGAGCUUCUUAUGAGUUGACGGAAGCGAGGAAACUCCCACCGUGUAUGCAGAUCAUUCAGAUAACUAAACAUCAUGAAUACGCAACAUCCGUGUGACAACAUCCCUCAAUGCGCAAUUCUCAGUGGAAAACAACAUCCAGUGAGACGCAAUACGCAAUGGAUAACACCGAAUAAAUGACGCUUUUUUAUACAUAAAACACAGGUAACAACACUUCUCUGUACUCAGCUCCCUAGCAACAACACUUCUCUUUAUUCAACACCCUAGCAACAACGCUUCUCUGUACUCAGCACCCUAGCAACAACGCUUCUCUGUACUCAGCUCCCUAGCUACAACGCUUCUCUGUACUCAGCUCCCUAGCUACAACGCUUCUCUGUACUCAGCACCCUAGCAACAACACUUCUCUUUAUUCAACACCCUAGCAACAACACUUCUCUGUACUCAGCUCCCUAGCAACAACACUUCUCUUUAUUCAACACCCUAGCAACAACGCUUCUCUGUACUCAGCACCCUAGCAACAACGUUUCUCUGUACUCAGCUCCCUAGCUACAACGCUUCUCUGUACUCAGCUCCCUAGCUACAACGCUUCUCUGUACUCAGCACCCUAGCUACAACGCUUCUCUGUACUCAGCACCCUAGCAACAACACUUCUCUGUACUCAGAGAAGUGAGUUCUUUUUCUCCAGCUCAUUACUCGCAGUUUGCCUGAGGCCUGUUAGCAACUUUUUUCUGUCUUGUACUGUCGGAGCAGAGGUGCAGACAUUUGGCCACCAUGAAGUCGGCAGUGGGCAUCGGUUCUGCAGGCCUCAUACUGCCUGGUAUUAGGUGACAGUUUCUGGAAGCUUUACAACGUGCACACUGUUUCUUCGUUUGGCGAGAACGAGCCCCGUCAACUGCGACCUUAUUCUUGCUCUGCGACUUGGAUGGUGACUGCUGGGAACCAGCCCCAGCGCCUCGACCACCGAGCGCAGUGCCUCAAAGAAAGUGUCUUACCAGCAACAAUGGCGGUGACUGCUGGGAACGAGCGACUAUAUACCGGCUUCAGUGGUGAUCGCAGGGAGCCAGCCUCUUCGCCUCGACUACUGAGCGCAGCGUCAGGAAGAUUUUCCUUGCGAACUGUGCGGCAAGCGUCGGUAACCAGCUCCGAUGUUUUGACCAUCAUUUGCCAUUGGGUGUAUCUCAAUAUUAGUUUUAUGUUUCAAAGUCAAAUGCAAAACAUGCCGUUGUAGCAUUUUUCUGUCAAUAUUAAUUCCUGAAUCACGUGCUUACUGAGAUUUCAUCCAUAUUAUCUUAUAGCUUCAAUUUAUGGCAUUCGAAACUUUUCAUUGUCCAUUACGAAUUACAGUACCUGACAGCAUGUGCUCUAUUUCCAGCUUUACUAAGUCAUUGCAGAAUUGGUUGGAUUUUGAAAAAGCUAUCAAGGUAACGUGAUGCGAGGCUUUCCCGCAAAAAACACUUUUUCUUCUAUAAGAUUCAUAUGAGAUAUCACUUUAUUUUUUUCAUGAAUAUAUGAACUUGAAUACUAUAGCAUGGACAUGUCGCCCAUGUAUGGACGGCAGCACUUCUCGUACCCUCGAACUCUCCCUCACUGCGGCAAGUGUUCAGUUAACGCCACCGUCAAGGGCCGUAGCUGCUGUCGACGCGCUGAAAUUCCUGACGCUGCUGGUGGUGAAGGGAGUUAGGUUCUUGCGGGUGUCGAUAUGGUGGAGCUAUGGCACGAGGAAUUUCUCAAAUAGUUUUUACGACUAUCUAGUGGAUUGCUGUUGCGUUUCUUCGUUUCCGCAUUAACUGGUAGCAUUAAUGAGGUUAUAUAUGCAUGGAAUUGUUUACACUGGAUCUCGGGUGUGAUCAUGUAGCAUUGUAGCUGAUUUAUAGGGUGUGCGGUGCUUCAUUAAAUUUGUUCGAGGUUCGUAUAGGUGAUGGGCUUUGAAUGUUUUUGUCAUUUUUGCUGUUGUGUUCAAUGUAUAACCACCGUUUUUAGCUACUAUUUGGUAAUAUAAGUUUUUUUUACCAUUUCCAUAUACAUUUUAACGUGAUCAGGCACGGGACAGAAGGCCAGUUAUAUUAAUAAUACGCUAGCACGGUAUUUGAUCUUAUGAUUUUUAAUAAAGCGGUUUCACGUUA